CAAACCAGCGAUCCUCAAUCCCAAGUCCAGGUCCGCUUCACCACCCGUCAUGCGGACGUUGCUGUCCCGACGGCACCAAUCCUCGUUCCGACGACCCUGAAGCGUUACGGAUUGUCCGAAGUCAUUAACCACUUGCUCGACACCGACACCCCCACCCCUUUCGACUUCUUGAUCAAUGGAUCAUUUUUGAGGACAUCGCUUGAUGAUUACUUGACUCAGAAUGGGUUGAGCAGGGAAACUGUGGUGGAAAUUGAAUAUAUCCGCGCCGUUCUCCCUCCGUCACAUUUGGCGUCGUAUGAACACCCCGAUUGGGUCGGCAGCGUACAUGUCCGCGAGAAGUUGGUGUUGUCUGGUGCCUACGAUGGUAUUGCGCGUGUUUGGAAUAUGAGUGGAGAUGUCGUCUGCGCGACGAGUGCGGUUGAUGCGCCGUUGAAGAGCGUGAAGUGGGUUGAUGAGGGGCGAUUCGUGACGGCGGGUAUGGACCGCACCGUCAGAUUAUGGGAGUGGGACGCGCAGGAGGUCGCUGGUGAGGACGGUGCGGCUGAGGCACGAUGUCUGGGACGGUUCAAGGGACAUUCUGCGGCGAUUGAGGAUUUGGCAGUGGCGGGUAACAACGUACUGUCCGCUGGAGCCGACGGUGUGUUGAACUUCUACUCCCUCAACACGGCAGAACAGAACGAGGCUUCGGAGGAUGAGGACACCGGUGCCCAACGCAAGCGCCGAAGAACCGCAAAGUCCGCUCCUCAAGCACCAUCCUACUCUCCUCUCCUCACUCUCACUCAGUCCGAGACCUCAUCCGGGGCCAACCCCUCACCACUGUCCGCGACCAUCUUCGCUCCCGAGUCAUCAGAGUUGGCAUACACCGCCUCAUGGGACCACAGCGUCCGAACCUAUGAUCUCCCCACCGCGACAUUGUUGUCAACCAUCACCCCAACCUCCCACCCCCUCCUCUCCCUCUGCGCACUCCCCUCCCUCCACCUUCUCGCAGCCGGAACCGCAUCCCGCACAAUCACCCUCAUCGACCCCCGCGCCGGUGCCGCAACCACGAACGCCGGUUCUCUCACCGGACACACCGGUAUGGUCGUCUCCGUUUGUCAAAAUGGACAAUCCUAUGGUGUUAACAGUGCUUCGCAUGAUGGAACGGUUAGGGUGUGGGAUGUUAGGGCUAUGAAG